AUGUUGUCUUCAGACCAAGACGAGCCCAGUAUCUGGGCAAAGAACAUCAAACGAUUCAAGGAGGGGAGUUUUAAGCGAGAAGGCGCAUUUGAGAGUUCCCAGAUCCGGGAUUUAGUCACAAUCGGCCACGUCGAGGACGUCAACAAAUACCUGCUGCAGCUCCCGGACGGCCCAUACUCUAUCAGUGAUGCAGAAAUAAAGGACCUCAACAAAUCAAGGCCUGUAAGGCAACCAGCAUACAGGAUAACGGCUCCAGUUAUGGGCCCCAGUGUGGCGGAAGGCCACGUGAAGAUAGGCGACUCUGAGGUACCAGUCCGCGAGUACCUCGGAGAAGAGUGGGUGAAAAAUAGGGUCAAGCCGCUCCAUUCCAUACAGCCAGCCAAAAUUCCGAGCGAUUUCGCUAUCCGGCCACAUUCGUGGCAACUGACUGCAAGGCGCAGCACAGAUCGAUUAUGGUGCUCUAAUUUACUCUCUUGA